AUGUCGGCGACCAUCCAGCAGCAGCUCCGCGAGUACCAGCUACGCCGCAAGCAGGAAGCAGCGCAAGGCGAGGAGGCCGGCAAGCAGGCCGAGGCAUCCGCGGUGGCCGAGGGGGUGGCCCAGGAUGCGGCCAAGGAGGCAGCCGAGAUGUCGGCGGGGGCGGCGCCGUUGGGGAACACUGCCGUCUCGGCGGCCGACCCAUACGCGACACGGCCACCGCAGACGCCACCGCCACCGCAGCCGCAGCCGAAGCUGCAGCCGCACUCGCAACCGUCGGGUGCGGUGACCGACGUUGCUGCGCUGCUUCAACGAAUUGCAGAUCUCGAGUCGGAGAACGCGGCGCUCCGGGCCGGGGCGGCGGUGGUGGUGGCCGGACCGGGUGAGACGGACCCGACGGCGGCGGUGCCCGGCUCGCUGGCGCGCGGACCGGUGCCGGUCACGCCGGGUGGAGCGAUUCCGAUCCAAAUUGUUGGCGGCGGCGAGGCGGUGGCGCGGCUGCAGGCUGAGAACGCAGCCUUGGCCGACGCGCUUCGUAAGGCCAAGCGGAAGGUCCAGCGCGAGCGACAGCGUGCAGACCAGUCGGCGGCGUCGACCGAGCUCGAAUACCUGCACAUGGCCGAAGAGCUCAAGAUGCUCGAGUCAGAGCGCAAUCGGCUGGUAGAGCUCACCAACCGGCUCUCGACCAACCUGGCAAGCAUGCAGUCAAUGGCGUCGGAGUCGGCGACUGCCAACAGUGGUCUCCACGCCGAUGCCGCAGUCAAGCGCCAGUUUGAGGCACAAUCGGCCGAGCUCGAGGCCGAGCUCCACGCCGCAAAGACUGCGCUCUCGUCGCUCGAGUACGAGAACCGGCUCAACCUUCGCCAGCUCGCUGCCGACCAAGACUCGGUUCGCAAGCUGGCCAAGGACCGCGCCGACAUCUCGUCGCAGCUCGCCCAGAGCCAGGCGAUCAACUCGAGCCUUGCAUGGUCCAACUCGAUGACCCAAGCACAUCGUGCAGCCCUCAUGCACAAGCUGGCGCUCACCGAGUCGGCCCUCGCCUACGUCGCUGCCAAGAACAAGGAGCUCGAGGCCAAGGCCGGUGUUGGCUCGGGCUCGGGCUCGGGCUCGGGCUCGGGCUCGGACACGGGCUCGGGCUCGGGCUCGGGCUCGGGCUCGGGCUCGGGCUCGGACUCAUCCGAGUCGGCCACCUCGCGGCGCGCCGCCGAAGCUUCAGCUGCCACCCGCGACUUUAAGCGGUACUUUGAGGCGGCAUUUGGCGAGAAGUUUGGAUCGUCGGCCGACUCGACCAUCUCGUCGUCGUCGUCGGUCACGGCGCGGACAAUGGUCUCGAGCUCGGCCUCGGCCUCGGACUCGGGCUCCAGCUCGGCCUCGGGUUCGGACUCGGCCUCGGCCUCGUCGUCAUACAGUUUCGAUGGUUCUUUGUACUCGGCGGCGUCAUCGACAAUGUCAGUGGUCACCGACUCGGGUGCCCGCUCUGGCUCGUCAGCGCCGUGGAACGCCGAUCUUGAUGCAUCAUCCAAGGCAAGUCCGGACAAGAAGAGCAAGCGCGGGGAAAAGGGCAACGACAGUGCAAAGUCCAAGGCAAAGUCCAAGGCCAAGUCCAAGUCCAAGGCCAAGUCCAAGGCCAAGUCCAAGGCCAAGUCCAAGGCUAAGAUCAAAUCAAAGCCAAAGCCAAAGACGGGCAACGCUGGCGAAAGCCCGGCAAAGACCAAGCGGCGUCGCCGAAGUGCCCAGGCUUCACCGGAAGCAAAGGCUAAGACUGACAAGGCCGGCAGUGGACGGAGGCGGCGAAGCAAGGGCGACAAAGGUAAGGCUCGGCGGAAGCGCAGGUCGCGCAAGAGCGGUGGUGCGCCGGAGACGGACGAGCUGCCUCACAGCAAGAGCAAGCGCAGGAGCAAGGGCCGGAAGCGACGAUCGCGUAAGCGUGUCGACGCCGGCUCCGUACCUGAGAGCGAUGGGAAGAAGGGCCGGCGCCGGCGGCGCAGCCGCAGCGGCAGCAAGGGCGAGUCACCGUCCAAGAAGGAGCGGUCACGGCCAAAGCGGAGCUCCGGGUGACAGUGAACAUGGUGUUUAUCUCUGCCUCACAGUGUCUAUAAUCUAGACGCCACCAGCCUGGGCACCUCCUGCACCGCCGCCCUCGACAAGGCCAGGAACAGCGAUGCCGAGGAACUCGCAGGCGUUGAGGCCAGCAGCAGGCAGCUGGAAGAGGAAGAAGCCGACAACAACAAGGGCAAACGAGUAGCCGGCCUUGAACGAAUCCUUGUAGCACUUGGUCGAGUACGAGAUGAUGCAGUAGAAGAUCCACGCGAUAAAGGUAAGGACAGCAAA